UUAUCGUCAUACAAAUAACCUCAAAAUUACGAUGAUUUAUCAAGUGUAUAAGCGCCCUAAUUUAAAAAUAAAACUUUUUGAAAAAGGAACAUUCUAAGUGGCCAGUGCGUGUUCGAAAUUUUUGUGACUUGUGAGACGUAUUUGUGAACGAUUGCAUUUGGAGUUAUUUGUUAUCUGUGAUUUGAGUUUCAGUGUUAUCAAUUGAGACUUCAACGCAAUUAUGGAAGCGGACCGGCGUUAAACCACCAACGAUGAAGUAAAAACGAAAAUGACAAACGUCAAACUAAAACUAAUGUUCUUCCUUCUAAACGCACUACUAACAGCUGACAUAGUACACGCUAGACCAUAUUCUGACAACACUACAGAUGUCUACAUAAAUAAUAAUGAUACUUUUAUCCUACCUGUAGAACCUAAUUCAGAUACAUUAAUAGUAGCUACCGAUAAUGAUGGCCAUGCAGAUCAAACAGUUGAAGAAACAAAUAGAAAUUCGAAUACUGAUAUGGAAGAAAUUGUUAAUGCUGAGCAAGACAGAGAUGAAGCGUUAUCAAAAAAGAAUAUGAAAGAAAAAGAUAUCGUUUUAGAAAUAAAGAAAGAUGAUGCUCCAGGGUUUGAAAAACAGCUAAACAUAUCAAGUUCGUUGAUGGAAGAUAUAAUAGACUCGGAGACUGAUAGAGAUGAAACGCUGACAGAUAUACUUUUCAGACCAGCGUCAGAGUUAGUUGAAGACAUGCCAAGAUUUGAAUUUCUAAUUUCAACAAAGUUGAAUGAAACUGAUGUUUAUAACCGGAGUGUUAAAGAUGGUUUAGGUGAUAACAGUUUAGAAGGAAGAAAUAGAAGUAGAAAGUUUGACUACGUAGAACUGGUGGAGGUGCUGAGGUCGAAGGGAGACAACAAGAGCGCCUACUUCGCGAAUAUUACGGGACACGAGGUCGACAAUGAUUUGGCGCCUGAUACAAUCCUGUCCGUGUUCUCAGGGUUCACGGACUUGCAGACCCUGUUCCUGGCCUGCUUCGCGACGCUGCUGCCGCUACUGCUGGUGCUGUUUGCUACACUUUUCAUCAGAUGCCUGUGCCGGCGCUACUGCAAGAAACCAUCAGACUCUUCAGACUCUGAAAGCAGUGACAACAAGGACACCACCAGCCAUCAACAGCUCAAGUCACCCAGUGAAGACACCAGGGAUGGCGUACCCGUGGACAGCACCCCGGCCAACGGCUCCAUCAUCACCAUGACCUUGAAGAACAACCACCUCAUCGUGGAAACUGAGGAGAGGAAUGAUAUAACUAAAAACGGGCGCGAGACGAAGAUGAAGUACUCUCCAGACAACGACGGAAUUUUCGUCGUCGAGGUCCAACAGUCCACGGCAUAUCGUCCCAACAACAAGUCUCUGCAGAACUCUCCUCCUCAUGACCCUCAGAUCUCCACCAACCAGGCGCUCAUACAUCGAGUGCCAGAGGAAUCAGAACCAAAAUCAAUCGAAGACAACAUUAGUGCAUUAAGAGAAAAGGCUCUCGCCUUAUCCAGUACCGGACUCUCGAUAUCAGAUCUAAGUAUGUCUUCCAUUGGCUCUCACAACGCCAGCUACUCCUACGGAAGCCAAAUUGGCUACGAACAAGGCCCUUUUGGGUACCCAAUAUACUCAGGUUACGAUAUACCUAAAGAAGAUAUAGGAGAUGGAAUUAUACAUGACAGCUCAAGAGAACCUCUCAUUACAAAAACCCCAACAGACCCGGACAAGCCUGUCGUGACAGCAGCUAUAUUCAAACAGGAUUCAAUUAUUGGGAACGAUGCGUUGCAAGGCCCUGGAUACUGCAUCGAAGGCUCCACUGACGGACCUUUGCUCUCAGACGUCCAAGCUAGAGAAGUCAGCUUGCAACAUCUACACGAUCAAAUGGAGAAAAAGCUAGAAAACGGGACAGCAGUUAUAGUCUCAGAAAAAAUUGAAAGUCCGAAAAAGACUUUCAACAGAGCUGAUAGUCUGCCAGUGCGGUUAGAAGACGAAAAAGUUCCAGAUGUGAUAGAUAAGAACGUAGUGAUGGAGACUAUUAAAGAAGAUGACGCACCGACGAAAGAUGCGUUGAAAGGCAAACGAGCUUCACUCCCUAUUAUAAGAACAGAGAUGUACGAGUCCGUCAAAGAUGCAAUUAGACCCUCGGGUUCUCCUAAAUUUGAGAAGUUUUCCAACGACAUCUCACCGGGAGACGCUGAUCUCCCGCCACCAAUGAUCACCAUUACUGAAGAAGAAUGUGGCAAGUCUGAAAAUGGUAGUUAAUUAAGUUUCGAAAUUCCUAAAUUUUAUCUAUGUGAAUAGAUGUAAGUUAACUUGUGAUUAGGAUGGUGGAUCGGUAACAAGGCAUCUUAGAAAAGAGUACCUACAGUAACUGGAAAUACGUUGCCUAGUGUAGUAUCAACAUAAGUUUUCUCCAUAAUUAUUUUGAUUGUAUUUUAUUUGAAAGUCAUAAAAAAAUACGUCGUCAAUUUAAAGGAGUAAAAAGUUUUUGGAAUUCGAUGAGGAUCGAAAGUGUUUUUGGGGACUAAGUUAUAAAGAUUUAAAAUAAAAACAAUCUCAAGUCACAGUAAGAAAACAUAAAUUACAUAAUUUGCUUUUUUCUAGGCAAUUGCGUCGUGGCAAGCAGAAAAGAAACUAAGAUGAGAUAAAUAUAUAAGAAAGACUUUUUUUCUCGCAAAACACUUAGAAUUAAAAUAUUUGAAAAUAUUUUACGUUCCAAAUAAAAUGACUUGAAAAAAUGAAUAUGAAUUAGUCGAAAUCAAAUUAGCGCCCCAUUUUGUAGAUAUUGAAUGUAAACUAGGUUAUUAUCGAAAUAUUUAAAGUUAUUAUAGUAGUUAGCGGUCUGAAAGAAUAUAUAGAUUGCAUUAUGGUUUGUUAUUGAAACUACUUUAAUUCUGUAUCAGAAACACUUAACAGGCAGUUUGUUAGCAAUAAGAAUAACGAAUCGUCAGUUAACAUUUUUGUGAUGAAGUCUCUGUUACUAAUAUCUGAAGAAUAACAUUAGUAUAGCAUACUUACACCUAGUAUUUUCUAGCUAAAAUCACAACCAAUUUAAGGACACCGGACAUUGAAGAUUUGCUACUGGGGCCAACAAUACCGGUGCAAACUACUCUCUAUUUGUAUAUAAGCGAAAAUCUGGUAUUUGUUGAACUACUACGAUCUUAUUUUGACAAUCGACUUUGAACUAGUACGCCAUGGAAAGAAAGAAAGGCAUUCAAAAAUCUGCCAAAAUCUUCAGAUUUUUAUUAACAGUAACUUAUUUCAUAAGUUAUUAUCCAUUAGGGUAAUUCAUAGUUUGCUGCUUUAAUGUACCAUGUGCAUUUUAAUUUAUCAAGACCAUAUGUGAUGCAUUAUCAUAUUCGUUUUUUAGCUCAAAAUGUCAUUAAUCAUGUGAUUUUGUAGGUAGAUUAUAAAAUAUGACUUUAGUUUCAUCAUUGUUCAAAUUCUAAACUAGUUCCUUACGGCUCACGUCCUCCUUUUUGUCUAGUUCUAGUUGGCUAAUGUAAUAAGUGGAAGAUGUCUUUUCUAGAUUAUUAGUUACUUCAAAUUUGUUCGUAGGUAUUACAUUUUUACUGUACAACUCAUUGUAGGUUUCAUGAUUUCAUUAAAAAUUAAUUCUUAGUGAAAUAUUUUUUUUUCUUAGUUAGGUACCAGAUUGCUAUUAUAAGUAAUAUUUUCUUUGGAACUACUUAAAGCAUUUGUUAUUUUUUCCUCAUCUGACACUUUUUUAAAGAGUAAAUAGAUGUUUUCCCAUUUUGUUUUCUAGAAAUCUGGUUAAUAAAACUGUGCACUCAAUGCAGUUUUAAUUCAUAAAUUUGUAUUAAAUAUUUAUUAAGUCCAUCUCCAUUUAGCUACUUGAACAUAAAUAAAGUUAGCCUUAAAUAUAACAUUUGUUAUAAAAUAAGUAAAUAUAAUGGAGGAAUUGAAUUUUUAUCUAUAAAUGGUAAAAAUUAAUUUAAAUGAAAUGUUAUGAAUUUGCUAUUUUUAAUAAGUUUUUAUUAUAAGGCAAAUGCAUGUUUGAAAUUCGAAGAUAUUUAUGGUAAAAAAGGUCCUUAAUGUUUUCUUUUAACGAUUUUGAUUUUUUUGAAAUACUAUCAUAACUACACUGAUGAUGCCUACAAUUUUUUUUAAAGUGUAUUGCUGUGAUAUCAUGAUUAAAAAAAAAGAAAUAUGUCAUUUGUUCUUAU